CAAAGUAAUCAUAGUAGGACUUGAUAAUGCUGGAAAGACUACUAUUCUUUACCAGUUCUUAAUGAAUGAGGUGGUUCAUACUUCCCCAACCAUAGGAAGCAAUGUAGAAGAAAUAGUGGUGAAAAACACUCAUUUCUUAAUGUGGGAUAUUGGAGGACAAGAAUCAUUACGGUCAUCAUGGAAUACCUAUUAUUCAAACACAGAGUUCAUCAUUCUUGUUGUUGACAGCAUUGAUAGAGAGCGACUUUCAAUUACAAAAGAAGAACUUUAUAGAAUGCUGGCUCAUGAGGAUUUACAGAAGGCUGCAGUUCUCAUCUUUGCAAACAAGCAGGACAUGAAAGGUUGCAUGACAGCUGCUGAGAUAUCUACAUACCUCACCCUUAGCUCCAUAAAGGAUCACCCAUGGCACAUUCAGUCUUGUUGUGCUUUGACAGGAGAAGGAUUAUGCCAAGGGUUGGAGUGGAUGACCUCCCGUAUUGGAGUGAGAUAGCUUUUUGGGGUUUUUUUGCUUUGUUUGUUUUUUUCCCAAAAGAAGAGACCUCUAUUUAUCCUGUGAACAUGUACAUUUCUCUGUGCUUCUGGCUGCUGAGGCAGUGACCAUGUUUAAUUUAUAUCAGCCAACCCCCAAGCUGUACUUGAAUCAAGUGCAGUUGAACUGAAACACAAAGUAUUUUCUUAACUUUUUUUAAUACACUAAUCUUCAACUGGAUGAACAUAUGUGAAUCUGUUUUUAAGCAUUGAAAUUCCUCUGAAUAUGUAUUCUAACUUUUUCAAUGAUAGCUUUUUAAAAAUCUGUUUUGUCAUUGUCAAUAUUUCGUAUUUCCUCUUUCUAAAUACUUUAUAUAACUUAGUAACAUAAAUGAGCGCAGUUUGUUUAAUAAUGAAAAAGUAGCAAGUAGAUUGACUUUACUCUGGCAUAGCUUUAGCCUCUGAGGUUAACCAUAUCUCCAGCUGGGCUUCCUUGGAACAUCAGUAGAGUUCUAGCCAGCAUGGGAGUUAAUAGUUAUGAAUGCAAAUUUUUAAAAGCUGAACAAGUUAGUUAUAGUUAAUAU